AGGAAGGGCGGGGCAUGCAGUCUCGCUGCUCGUGUGUGUUUUUCGAGGGGAAAGAGCCGCUGGAGCGAUUCGAGGCCUUACAUCUACUUUCUAUGAACGAAACAGGAAUAAACACGUCUUAUUUCGUAGUUUUCCCCAUGCAGGAAGCAAGAGUCGCUGGAUAAAAACACACGGAGGUCGAGCAAUGGUUAAACGGUGUCAAAGUCUCACAUGAUUCUCAUUAAAUGUGGAGAAUGUAGAGACAGGACGUGAAUACGAUCAGCUGGUUUAUUUUUUAAUUUGUUUUAUUUUGAGAAAAUGGCCUACACGAAUUAUAGCUCGCUAAAUCGAGCUCAGCUCACCUUCGAGUAUCUUCACACAAACUCGACAACCCACGAGUUUCUUUUCGGAGCUUUGGCUGAACUUGUGGACAACUCAAGAGAUGCGAAUGCAACAAGGAUAGACAUCUACACAGAGAAGAGACCGGACCUGAGAGGCGGGUUUAUGCUUUGUUUCCUUGAUGAUGGCACUGGAAUGGAGCCCAGUGAAGCCACGCAUGUCAUCCAGUUUGGAAAAUCUAGCAAACGAUUCCCAGAGUCCACUCACAUCGGCCAGUAUGGAAACGGAUUAAAGUCGGGUUCCAUGCGUAUCGGAAAGGACUUCAUUCUUUUCACCAAAAAAGAUGAGAAAUUAACGUGCUUGUUUUUGUCACGAACAUUUCACGAAGAAGAGGGUCUGGAUGAGGUUAUUGUCCCAUUACCAAGCUGGGAUGCAAAAACCCAGCAGCCUCUGACUCAAGACACAGAGAAGUACGCUACAGAGACUGAACUCAUCUUCAAAUAUUCACCCUUCAAGAACGAAGAGCAGCUUUUCCGCCAGUUCAAUAAGAUCGAAGGACCCAGCGGUACUUUGGUUGUAGUUUAUAACUUAAAGUUGAUGGAUAACCGAGAGCCAGAACUGGAUAUCGAGACAGACCACCAGGAUAUUAUGAUGGCCGGGACGCCUGUAGAAGGAGUGAAGCCAGAGAGAAGGUCUUUCCGUGCGUAUGCAGCCGUCCUGUAUAUCGACCCCAGAAUGAGGAUCUUCAUUCAAGGGCACAAAGUCAGAACCAAGCGACUGUCCUGUUGCCUGUAUAACCCUAGGAUGUACAAAUACACAUCAACACGCUUUAAAACCAGAGCAGAGCAAGAGGUCAAAAAGGCGGAUCAUCUUGCGAAACUCGCCGAGGAAAAAGCACGAGAAGCGGAGAGUAAAGCUCGCAUGCUCGAGAUAAAAGUUGGUGAUGAUUUAUCCAAAGAAGCCCGAGCGUCGCUGAGAAAGGCACAGGAUUCCGCUGUUGCGUUACGAGCCGAAGCUACUAGAAAACAAGCCAUCCAUGCAUCCAAACAAAAAGCUUUGAAAGAGCCCAAGGAACUGAACUUUAUAUUCGGCGUGAACAUCCAGAGACGAGACCAGGAUGGGAUGUUCGUCUAUAAUUGCAGUCGUCUCAUUAAAAUGUAUGAGAAGACGGGACCACAGCUGGAGGGAGGAAUGGCCUGUGGGGGUGUUGUAGGAGUGGUGGAUGUUCCCUAUCUAGUGCUCGAGCCAACGCACAACAAGCAGGACUUUGCAGAUGCUAAAGAGUACAGACAUUUACUGAGAGCCAUGGGAGAUUAUCUGGCCCAGUACUGGAAGGAUAUUGGUAUAGCUCAGAAGGGUAUAGUGAAAUUCUGGGAUGAGUUUGGGUAUUUGUCGGCCAACUGGAACUCCAACCCGUCGAAUGAAAUUCAGUUUCGCCGGCGGAGAGCCAUGGAGAUACCAGUCACCAUCCAGUGUGAUAAGUGUUUGAAAUGGCGGACGUUGCCGUUUCAGAUGGACGCCGUGGACAAGCGCUAUCCUGACAGUUGGGUGUGUUUAAUGAACCCGGACGGAUCCCAGGACAGGUGUGAUGCCGCGGAGCAGAAGCAGAAUCUGCCCGUCGGCAUUUUGAAAAAAGACCUCAAGUCUUCAGAGGACAAACAGAAAGAUCUGACGGAGAAAAUCCGCCAGCAGCAGGAGAAACUGGAGGCCAUGCAGAAAACCACAACAAUAAAGUCAGCAGCUGAUAUCAAACGGCUCCCUCUAGAAGUCAGUGCAAAAACUACAGAAGAGCGCUCACCUCAGCCAACGCGCUCAUCCCAGCGAGCAGCGCCCCGCCCCCGCUCGCCACCUCUUCCAGCAGUGGUCAGGAGAGCUGUCAGUCAACAGCAGAUCGUAAAAACUCCUCCCCCGAAACCAGCUCCACCCUCAAGGCCUACCCGGACUCCACCGGCUCCUCCGCCCAAAGCCAAGUCAUCUCCAGCUCCUGCAAAAAAACCCGCCCCCAAACAUGUAGCUCCGCCCCCUCCACCGCCCACAAAGACGCCAGCUCGCAGAAGUGCUGCACAGAGCCGCACUCCUACACCAUCAUCCGCCAAGUCUGCAGCCAAACAAACUCCAACCAACAAGAAAGCAAUUAUAAAGAAGGGUCGAGUCCAGGAAGAGGAUGAGGAAGAGGAAGAAAGCGAAGAGGAGGAGGAAGAGGAAGAAGAAGAGGAGGAGGAGGAAGACAGCGGGUCAGAAGAGGACGAACCUCAACCCAAAAAAUCAAAGAUGGCGGCGCCUGUUCAGGCUCGAGGGAAAACCGUGGUGGAAAAAAAGCCAGCGGCAGCAGCAGUCGUCAAACAGACCAACACUGAGGUUAUAGCGAAUAGCACUAAUGAAGAUCUGAAGAAAGAUGCUGCCAAAAAUGCACAGAAAGAUAAAGGGAUUCUGGUUGAGGCCAAAGUAAACGGCGAGUGGUUCACGGGUCGUGUAACCGCAGUAGAGACGGGAAAAGACAACGUGCGCUGGAAAGUCAAGUUCGACUACGUUCCCAUGAACACUCCAAGAGAUCGCUGGGUGUUUAAGGGAAGUGAUGAUGUCCGUCUUAUGCGUCCCGCCUCCCCAGAGUCACGGAGUCCAGACACCAAUCAGGGACCAGCACGAUCUGUGACUCCGCCCACCGCUGCUGAACCCGACACCACUCAGAGCGGGCCAAGCAGAGAGACGUCAGAAGGCCUGGUGACCAUGAUGAGGACGUUGCUACGCUAUUUUUUCCCUCCGGACUUUCGAAUCCCCAAGGAUUCUGUGAACACUAUGAGUGCUGAGGACCUUGUGGCCUUUCCCAUCAAGGAGUAUUUCCAGCAGUACGAGGCCGGACUGCAGAGUCUGUGUAAUUCCUAUCAGACUCGGGCAGAAUCCAGAGCUCGAGCCGUGGAGGAGAAAAGCAGCGGAGCAGAAACCAAACUCCGGGAGUCAGAAGAGAAACUCCGCAAACUCAGAACCAACAUCGUCGCUCUCCUGCAGAAAGUCCAGGAGGACAUUGAGAUCAGCAGUGACGAUGAGCUGGACGCCUAUAUUGAAGAUUUGGUCACAAAGGGAGAGUGAGACUCUGCAUCUACUGUUUUACCUUCAUCUUCAUGGUCUAUCUUUUGUUUCUUGCGUUCUGACGGCGGACUGGAGAUGAUUACUGGUCGGCUGCGUCUUCAUCCCUAUUUACCGUGACUGAACUCUAAUGCAGCAAGAGCUUCAUUUACAAUUUCAACACCACUUUGGUUUAAACGCCUCUCAUCCAUCAACUCGGGCUUGGAGUUUGAACUUGUGGGCCGCUGGCGAUGAUGAGAGAUUUGAAUGGUUUCAUAAAACCUGCGGUUUGACGACUUUGUUUGGUUUUACUCUGAAUAGAGGUUUUGAGUUCACUGUUUUUUAUUUUUAGGGUCUCAGUGUUCUAAAGCUUCAUUCUCCAACCGGUUUCAGCUGUUCUCACAGCUCACACGGACUCCUUUCAAUCCAGUUCAACAUUUUGAGUUUUAAAAUGGGCUUUAACCUGCUGCUAUGUUAUCCAAAUCGUCAAAAGUUUUGAGUUACUUCCCAUUUCGUUUUUCCAUGUAUGUGGAUGUGAUAUUCAGUUCGUUAUUUUUAAUCUUUCAGUUUCCGUUUUUUGGAAUAAACACUGAUAGGAUGCUGUUAACCUCUUCAGUUACAGUAUUUAGUCGUCAUCUUUAUAACUGAGAAUAUUUUUUAAAAAGUUUUAUUAAAACAGUCCAAUAAAGUUUAGGAUGUACAUAG